AAAUUGGAAAAUUAUACAUAAGGCAGAAAGAAAAUCCAAAGGAACAGGCUUUGAACACGACAAAACGAUAAUUCCCGUUCCCUACUUUAAGUAACCAUCCACUUUUCAAAGAGCCUUUGAAAUCCAUGUCCCCAAUUGUCUACUUUCUGAGUUGACAAAUUUGCCAUAGCGUGCUGUCUCCGUCAACAACCACGCUCCUUUAUGCCCUUACCAAAACACCAACACUCCCACAUUUGUUAAGUUCCAUUUUCUUCUUAAACGCCGUCAUCUUCUCCAUCCGUCGGACAUAUCAGACCCGAGUUUGCCUGCCCCUCUUCGUCCUCUGUCCCUUCGCUGGCAAAACAAACAACAGAAACCAAAGCAAAGUUUCCUCGGAAAACAGCUUAGAACAAUUUUCGAGAGAAACCAAAAACAAAAGAGAAAGAAAUGGCUCUCGAUCUCACCACCAUUUCCGUCGCCCUCCUCUUUCUUCUCGUCCUAUCGCCACUCGCCACGUCAUUCCCCCUCAACAUCACCGACGACAAACCUUCAGCCUACGAAGUCCUCCAAGGCUACAACUUCCCCGUCGGUCUUCUCCCCAAAGGAGUCGUAAAAUACGAUUUAGACGAAUCCACGGGACGAUUCCAUGCCUACUUAAACGGUUCGUGUAGCGUCUCAUUAGAAGGAUCUUAUCAGCUCAAAUACAAAUCCACAAUCAGCGGAAUUGUCUCCAACAACAGGCUCAAAGACCUUAGUGGAAUAAGCGUCAAGGUUCUGUUUUUAUGGCUGAAUAUUGUGGAGGUUAUUAGAGAUGGGGAUGAGCUGGAGUUCUCGGUGGGGAUUGCCUCUGCAAGCUUUCCAAUUGAUAACUUUUAUGAGUGUCCGCAGUGUGGAUGUGGAUUCGAUUGUGUUAAUGGGAAAGUGAGCAAGCUUAGAAUUAAGUCUUCUUUUUCUUCAAUUUAGAGGAAUUUGUGGUGAAAAGAGAUUUAGAUUAUGAAAUGCUGUUGAUGGGAUUUGGAUGAUAUGUUGUUUACAUAUUUUUGUUGAAUUGGAUCUCGGUUAUUUAUUAAAAUUGGUGAAGCUUUACCGACAAAAUGGGUUUAGACUUUCCCUUUGGUUGGUGUGUAUAUAUUCUGCUGGCAUGUGUGUUUUAUUUCUGUUUAUGUGGUUGAUAUUGGCUUCAUUGCUUGGUUUAGGUUAGAGGACUGAUCAACCAAUGCAGUAGAAACAUAAACAUAAUUUGCAAUUUUUUUUUUU